GACAGCAGAGGAAAGGUUCCAGAUUUGAGACGACCACUUUCCUUCUUCUCCUGUUUGGUCCCCCUUCCCCUCAUCUUCACUCUUGUCACUAGGAUGAAGCCUCCACCCAUUCUGCUCUUCCUCUGCCUCCUAGUGCCCCUGUCCAGUGGGAAUCUACUACAGUUUGGGCUCAUGAUUGAGAGGCUGACGGGGAAGUCGGCACUGGAGUACAAUAACUACGGCUGCUACUGUGGCAUCGGUGGUUCCAAAUGGCCUGUGGAUGAGACAGAUUGGUGCUGCCAUGCCCAUGAUUGCUGCUAUGGAAGGAUGAAUGAGCUAGGCUGUGAUCCCAAAGUGGAAAAGUACAACUUUACUAUCACAGAGAACAGCAUCAUCUGCGGGGGCAGAACUUCCUGCCAAAGGCUGACUUGUGAGUGUGACAAGAAUGCCACACUGUGCUUCAGAGACAACCUCAGCACCUACAACCACAAGUACGCUCACUAUCCCAAGAAGCUAUGCACAGGCCCCACUCCACCAUGCUGAAACCCUGGCAGCCUCCAGCGGAGUGCAAGCCACCUCCACCUUCCCAGCUUCAGCUGUCUUCCCACAAAA